AAGCGUCUGAUCGUUUUUAUCAUGAACGUUACUUAAAACAGUCUAAUGAAACAAGUAACGGGAGCCUUGACCUUUGGAAAGACCGAAGCUUACGUAAAAUUAGAGCAACUGGGCGAAGGUUCUUAUGCUACAGUCUACAAGGGUUACAGCAACCUUACAAACAAAGUAGUGGCUCUCAAGGAGAUCCGACUUCAGACAGAAGAAGGAACUCCAUUUACAGCCAUCAGAGAAGCAUCGCUACUCCGUGGUUUGAAGCAUGCAAAUAUUGUGACUCUUCAUGACAUUAUCCACACAAAAGAAACUCUUACUUUUGUCUUUGAAUAUGUGCACACAGACUUGAGUCAAUACCUUGAGAGACAUCCAGGAGGGUUGAAUGCCAACAAUGUUCGGCUUUUUUUGUUCCAGUUGUUAAGAGGUUUAGUUUAUUGUCAUGAAAGAAGAGUGUUACACAGGGACCUCAAACCUCAGAAUCUACUGAUUAGUGAUCAGGGUGAACUAAAACUGGCAGACUUUGGUUUAGCAAGGGCAAAAUCGGUUCCAAGCAGGACUUAUUCUCAUGAGGUAGUAACCUUAUGGUACCGACCACCAGAUGUCCUUCUAGGCUCUACAGAUUACACAACUUCUUUAGACAUGUGGGGAGUUGGGUGUAUUUUUAUAGAGAUGAUUUCAGGAGCUGCUGCUUUUCCAGGUGUUAAAGAUACAAAUGAUCAGCUAGAUAAAAUAUGGAGGGUACUUGGUACUCCAACAGAAGAAACUUGGGAAGGAGUUACUCGUUACCCUAACUAUAAAUCAGGGACAUAUGGAAACUACAGAAAGCAGCCCCUUUCAAAACCAUUCCCAAAACUUCUUAAUGUUCCUCAUGCAGAGUCAAUUGCUUCACAGUUUCUUCAGCUACAACCACACAAGAGAAUAUCAGCCACAGAGGCCUUAAGUCAUGAAUUUUUUCAAGAACUUCCUCGGAAAAUUUAUGAGUUGCCAGCCCAGUCAUCAAUCUACAAUGUCCCUGGAUGUAAGCUUAGUUCGGAGACCUACAACCACCCUAUGUCUGUGAUCAAAGCAGCUGCUAAGCUUCGACGCUAGUUUUUCUAUUUUCUGGAUAUCUGUGAUAUGGGAAACUUCAGCAAAGCUAAGGUGAUACUAAGCAUUUCUUCUGGGAAUGAUGGAUGGGCUCUUACUGUUGGUCAUGGAAGUUUGCUCAUUAUCUCUGUCAUAGAAAUUACAUCUUGAUCUGAACAUCUACAUAGCAGCCUACCAGCUCUUAACCUGGAUAACCAUUGCACCUCUUGGCAAACUGUUCAUGGGUGUUCAUUAACUUGUUUCUUCUGGUCUGCAUAAACUUAGGAUUGUGGACACCUCACCAAUACAGCAGUGGUACCAACCAGGAUUGUCGACACCUCACCAAUACAGCAGUGGUACCAACCAGGAUUGUGGACACCUCACCAAUACAGCAGUGGUACCAACCAGGAUUGUGGACAUGUCAUCAAUACAGCAGUGGUAUCAACCAGGAUUGUGGACAUGUCAUCAAUACAGCAGUGGUAUCAACCAGGAUUGUGGACGUGUCACCAAUACAGCAAUGGUACCAACUAGGAUUGUAGACACAUCACAAGUAACGCAGUGGUACCAACCAGGAUUGGGACACAUCACCAGUAAAGCAGUGGUACCAACCAGGAUUGUGGACACAUCACCAGUAAAGCAGUGGUACCAACCAGGAUUGUGAACACAUCACCAGUAAAGCAGUGGUACCAACCACAUUUUUUUGCACUUUCCUAAUGCAGAUUGGAGGAAACAAAAUCAUGUAUACAUAGUUGUAGGUUUAUGAGCAUCAAGGGUUUUAUCACAUUGAUUUUGUUAAAUUGGUUUUGUGGCUAUGUUUUUGGUGUGGAACUUUACAUCUGGUUUAUGUGCCAUGGUUUAGUGAUUUUAACUGAACAAUUUGUAUACAUUCUAGUGAAACACCAGAAUUUUAAAUACACAUAUACAUCAUAAAAUAUGAACUGUUGACUGAUAGCUUGAGUCUUUACACUAAAUGAAUAGUUUUAACAUGAGUAUGUCAUGAUCUUUAAUGUCCUGCUGCUGAAAUUCUACAACUUGUUUUGUACAAUAUUCAUAACUAUUUAUUAUGAGGUAUAGCAUUACAUUUGUUGCUGUGCAGAUACUUACAAGUAUGCAAAACCAUGAAUGAUCUUAACUGAUAAAAUGACAUAGUGAAAAAGGAAAGGUUGAGUAGAUACCCUUUAUAGUUGUUAUUAGAUUAAUGGGGAUAUACUUUCAAUCUGUUUUUAUAAAUAAUGGACUCAACAUAUUUUUCCUAUCCAAUGACACUACAUGCCCGGUUUAUGUCAGUCUUACAGUAAGUGUUUAGACAACAGGUAAAAUUAUAAUAGAAAAAAAAAAGUCCCACAGAGUUAUGAUGAAGAAGAAGAAAAUAUUAAUGUUUGUUUUACUGGUUAGAAAAUUAUGUUAUUAUAUAUUAAGGUGGCUUGUACAGUUGUAAAGCAAGCUUGCUUAUUCAGCAAUAGACUGAUUUCAUCUUAGACUGCUCUUGUAUAUGUGUAGAAUGAUUGAUUCAACAGUAAUAGACCUAAAAGAAUAACUUAUUUAAACUGUUGGACAAUUGUACAGGAUGAUUGUUUUAACAGUAGACAACUGAGUUUAGUUUAAGUUAGCGACAAUAGUUUUACAGAAAGAUGACUUAAGGUGACACAUACACAUACCUGCCUGGUUGUACUCACAGUGUUUUGUUUAACAUCUCACUUAUUGAUGAAGAUAUCUCAAUAAAAUGGGCAGUUUGACAGAAAAAAAAAGACAGGCUUUUUUUUUAGUGUAGCUUUUGUCUAAAUACAUUAAGAAAUAAGUGGUGAACUUUCAUUUUAAAUGUACUUUUGUUUUUUAUAAAAGGCAGCAAUUGAGCUUACUAUUAACAAGCUUUUGUUAAUUAGUUUAAAACUACUCCUAAAUGCUUACUAGUUUUCAGUAGUGGUAAAAAUAAAGUGUUAAUUGAAAUGUUUAAAAUGCUAUUGUAAUACAUAUAUAUUUCAGUAUUUUGAUGACCAUGAAAUGAUUUUGAAGCAAGAUAUUACGUUUUCCAUAUUUCAUAUUAUAACUUUACUACCAUAGUACCAUAAAUUUUGGGAUAUCUCUAAGCUAGUUAAUAUAAUCUUGUUAAUAGCAAGGUCAGUUGCUGAUUUUUUUUUAAGUUAGAAUUAACAUUCACCACUUAUUUAUUAUUGGAUUUUUUUAAAAAAAGUUUAGCUUUUUUUUUUCUGUCAAGUUGUCAACUUUUAUUGACAUAUUCCAAAACAUUACAAGUACACCUUGGGCAGUUGUAUGUUUGCCACUUUAGACAGUAAUAGACUAAUGUUGAGUUAAUUUGAUGGUGCAAUUGUAUAGGAAGAUGUCUUUAACAGCAGUAGGAUAAUUUUGACUUAAUUUGGUGGUACAGUUGUAUAGAAAGAUGGCUUUAAUAUACUGAUUAUGGUUUCAUAUGAGUAUCAUAGCUAGAAUAUAACCAAUAAAUCUCAUUGAAUUUUCUAAAUAGUUUUCACUUGGCUGGUGAUGUAGUUUUAAACCAACUAUUUUUGAAGGUGAUUGUUUUCUUUUUAGUGACUCCUUUUGGGAAAUUAGAUCCCAGUAGUGAACAGGUUAAAUGCACCAAUUCUGUUUUUAAACCAGAUCUGGUGUUCUUAUGAACUCAGAACUUAUUGGACAUGUUAUUAUAUAAACAAAUCUGAGUUUUGUAUAACAUCAGUAGUGUUCUGUUAGUAAUAAUCAGUAAAGAAUAUUGUCCUUUAUUAACAACAGAUGGCGCUUUAUUACGUUUGUUGAUUUAUUAUCUCCCAAUUUACCAUUUUUAAAUUUUCCAGAACAAGUUCUCUUUCUUCAGACAAUAAUGGCUAGGAAGUACCACAUGUUUAUUUAUUUAUCCUGUAUAUACUGAGUCCAGAAAUGGUUUAAUUGGUCUAAAAUAUUCUGGCAAAAUCUCUGAUUUAUAUAAAGUGAGAAUUAUUAACUUAUGAAGAUAGAUAAUUUUAAUUAUUAAUAAUGCAAAAUAUAACUUGUUUCUCAUACAAACCUUAAUAUCCUUUUACUAAGUGUUGUCAAUUAAACAUUAGACUUUACCUUACAAACGAAAUUAAAUAAUUAUGUUUUAAUGUUGGGAUCACACUUUCAGCAAAUUUUGUGCAAUGGAUAAGAUCAUUUGAUAUAUAUAAAAGAUUUCUGAAAGAGUUGAUUAAGAAAAUUUCUCUACCCUUUUACUUGCCUGCUUAAGUAUACUUAAUGUAUUCUGAUAUUAUAAUUGUUGUUGUUAUAGUUUAAUGUAUGGAAAAAAUGCUUUCAUAAUGUUUUGUUCAUAUAAAGUUGCCAAAAAAUGCAGCAUUUAAUUAAACAUUAUUAUGAAUAGCUCAACACAAACAUUAUGUCAUUUUAACUUAAGAGCAAAAUGUGAGCUAGUCUUGCCAUGAAUAAUUUAUAAUUAUACAAGUUGAAAUCUCUUAUCAUUUCAUAUAUUAUUGCAACAUUCAAUUAAACAAAUUCCAGUUGAAAUGCAACAACUAGAAAUCUCAAAUGUCAGUAAUACGCCCUUUAAAUUCUCGUAAUACAGAAAGAUUGUCAAGUGUUAAGUUCAUAACAAUUGUGUAAUAAAUAAUCAAGCACCAUGUCUUGGCUCAGAUGAGAAAUAAUAUAUAUAUAUAAGCAUAUUUUAAUUAUUCCAGAUUUAGACAAAACUCAAAUAGUGGAUAAUGAACCUUACUGCUGGUCUUAGUUUGAAACAGGCUAGGGUUAAUGAUGUAGUUAUCUUGGUUCAAAAUGUGCAGUGACUUAUGGAAAUGUUAUUCCUAGUGGUGCUUACUUGGCCAUGGCUGUUUAUAUACUGCUCUUCCAAGUUCAGGUUUCAAAUGUGCAAUUACCCUGUUAAGUGGGUAUUCCUGGUGUCAAUCAAAAAUGGCCAAUGAAAUAGGUUUUCUUUGUUUUGCUUUCAAGUUAAGAUUGCUCUGCAGCUAUGAUUUGGGAGAAAAUUUGAUGUCCUACUUCAUAUCAUCAAAAUACCUGAAAACUAAGUAUUGAGCUACAAAGAUUGCUUUGUAUUUGUUAUCUCCAUAUAUUGUAACUAUUGCUUUAUCUUCUUUUUAUGAAAAAUAACCAUACAUGAUGAUGUGUUACUCGUAAAGUUUCAUGCAAGUUAUUUUAAAGUUUUUUGUUGUUUUUUUAUGUGCCAAGCUGAGGUUGUACAGUCAUCAUUUCAACACGUUCACUUGAUAGGUUAAAAUUUUAAAAAUACUUUUAUUUUUUUCAUCAGUAUCUGAGGAGUGAUCACACUUAGAUCAACAUUAAGUCAUCACAUCUACAGAAGUUAUUUUGUUAGCAUAAUUUUAGAUUUAAUGUUAAUCAUGUGCUUGUUUUUUCCAGAUUUCCUCUUUGCUUAUAAGCUCAGAAUCUCUUUAUUUUGUUAAAAGAUAUUCAUAAAAUCUAAAAUAUUGCAUGCAGUUUAUGAGGGAACACUAAAUUAUUGUUUGUUGUAUUUUUUAUUUUUUUGCUGUUUCAUUUUUAUUACUUAGAUGUCACAAUAGAUUAUUUAUACUUUCUGAAAGGAUUACUUUUAGUAAUAUAUGUAUGUGUUAGUAGUAUGAUCUUUUAGUGGGUUUAGUUUUGUAGAUAAAAAAUUCAGUUUUAGUUUGCAAAUAAGGUGAUUUUGUUACUAUAAGCUUAAAGUAUUUAUGUGGAGAGCUUGAACUCAGAGUGGUCAUUGUAACCCGAAUAAAUGGGAAAUUAGUUCCAUAAUAUAUAAAUGUUCCAGGGGUAGAAAGUCUGUAAAGUAGCCUGUUUAUAAUGUUUAAAAAAAUUAGGCUAGAAAUUGCUUGGCCAUAUAUUUAUCUUAUCUUUUCAUAUGUGAAACAGUUUAAAUGGUUUUAGUAUAACAUAUUUUUUAAAAUCAUGUCAUUCACUUAUCAGGGGAAUUGAUGACAUACUAAACAUAAUUUUUGUAUGGUCUUCAUAUGAGAUAUGAAGAUGGUAUAACUGAAUAUAUAAUGAAUCUUUUUCUAUGUCAAACUUGUUAUUAUGGAGAAAAGAUCUCAAUGUCGUGUAAUAAUCAAAUAACUUUUUUUGUUGUUGUUAUAGUGAGAUUUGAAGAUUAUUUCUUUGUAUCAGCAUGCAGUUAUGUUACACAAAAAAUACCUUCAUGUUUACUUAAUUUUACAGUAAAGUGUUGAAUAACUUAAAAAAAG